CAACAAUUUCGGCAGAUCAUUUUAGACAGAGAGGGUCCAGAUUGUCUAGCCCGGCUGAUAAAUCUCCACCCCAUGGGAAGAUUUGCAGAAUUGCAGGAAAUUAGCUUUAAAACUGCAAAAAUGACUCUCCGCCCCAUGGCAAAAUUAGUAGAUUAGCAUGAAAUGUGUUUUAAAAUUACUACAUUUUCUCUCCGUCCAAUGGCAAAAUGUGUAAAAUUACACAGAUCACUGGAAAGCCAUUCUGGUCUUAUUAAAGUCUACUGUAAAUGUAAUAUUGUUCAUGGAGGAUAAAUAUUUUUUAAACAAUGUACAAUUGUGUUAUUAUAUGAUCUUGUGACAGGAGCAGAACGUGGAGUGAUCUCUCAGGGGAAUAUGUGCGUGUCAGAGGCAUGCAUAGGCUGUAUAUUCAGAGACAAUCUAGUAAACAGCAACUAAACACACACAUGUGACUGUGAAGAGAGAGAGAGAGAGAGAGAGAAAGAGCAUGAGAGAGAGGGAAAGAGAGAGAGAGAGAGAGAAAAAGAAAAAGAAAGAAAGAGAUUCAUCUGUGUGGGAAUCUUGGUGGGAAUGCAGACUGGAUCAUUAAAACAACCAUCAUGUAACCAACCCAAAUGUAAUAAGACACACACACACCUGAUGCCAGUCGCCCCUCCCACUGCCCCAGGAGGUGCCAGGAGGUGUUGCUAUCACUGUAAUACAGUUUGAUCCACCACAGAUUUACCCUGUUCCUGCUAAUGUGGCAAUUAACCACUGAUAACGAGACCCCUAACACCCCUAAACCCUUCACAGAAACCCCAACCUCAAACCCCCACCCUCCCAGACCCUAUUUGACAUUUAUAUGUCUUUGGUUACUGUAUGGUAUCUGAUGGUAUCCCACCUAAAUGAGCGAUUGCUAUGGUAACAUCCAUUCCAACCCCAUUGAAGUCCAGCAUUGUGGAGAUGAUGCACAGAGACAGAGAGAGUUGGAAAAAGAGAUAGAGAGAGAAGGAGAGAAAUAGAUCAAUAUAAAAAAUAGAACCAUAGAGAUAAGUAAAAAGCUAUAUUGAAAAAGACAAACGUAGGGGAAGUAAAAGGUAUAUUGGCAGUAUGAUUUGGCAGAGAGGAGGAGCAGGUGACAAACCUCACCAUUCAUUAAACAACAGUGCUCUCUGGUGGAGAGGAACACUGUUACAGUGGGCGUAAAGUAUCUACAUUUAUCAGCAAAGAUAUUUUCUAUCUCAUCAAAUGUACAACUGUUGGAUCACAGUGGAGGCUUUGUUUGUUUGUAUGUCACACCGAGUCACUUGUUAAUCCACCUUUAAUACAUUUUUUUCCCAGGUUUUAAAACAGGCUGUUUCCCAAGGUGUCAUAUGCAGACAGCUGGUGUAAAUGACUUCCUGUUAUUUUAUUAAAUCACUUCGGACAACUUUGGUGAUGCACAUUGACCUUUACCCUAUGUCAGUCUGAAGAUAGUGGCUCAGAAGAUUACUCUGUUUCCAUGAACGACACAGCGUAAAAGCACCCAUAAUGAUCACAGUGAGAGGAAAGAGGCAAAGCAACACCCUACCAAGCAAAUGUAGCUCAUCUAGCUACCAAAUUCCCAUAAGGCGGAAGUCAAAUACUGUGCCUGCCCUGGCUUGCCCUCCCUCCCUACGUUCUGCCCUUUAAGUAGUCAAACAAAGAAGCUACAGCCUACAGCAGCAUUCUCAAACCGAGCAACCCAUCUCAGUGGUGUGUGUGUGUUCACAGGGCUGAUAUAGGUCAGAGGACAGUAGUAUUUGUCUUCCCAUGAGAAGGGAAUUACGACCUCUAAAAUGAGUCUCUCUGCAGAGAGAGAGGAGGGGGACAGUUUUUCGAAAAAUAUUCUCUCAGGUGAGAAAGAGGAGCAGGAGAGACCAGUGUCUCCUGUACCCAGCUGUGUGUCCAUGAAGAGUGACAUGUCAAUCGAUCCUCCGUAUAACUUCAGUAAAGAACCAUUGUCCAGUGAACAGUGGGUCCAUCAGGAGAGACCAGCGUCUCCUGUAACCAGCUGUGUGUCUAUGAAGAGUGACCAGUCUAUGGGACCACCAAUCAACUUUUCCAGUGAACAGAGGGUCCAUCAGGAGAGACCAGUGUCUCCUGUAACCAGCUGUGUGUCUAUGAAGAGUGACCAGUCUAUGGGACCACCAAUCAACUUUUCCAGUGAACAAGGGAUCCAACAAGAGAGACCAGUGUCUCCUGUACCCAGCUGUUUGUCUAUGAAGAGUGACAAGUCUAUGUUCAGUAAUGAACCACUUAUGUCAAAUAAAAGGGUCCCUCCACUCCCUCAGCAGAGACAGGACUGUCCUCCUUCCUGCACUGUGUCCAUGGAGCCAUAUGAAGGAGCGAAUGUCUUUCCCGUAGAUCAGAAAAUGCACCAAAAUGUCAGUGCUGAGGCAGAAAUCCAAGAGAAGCUCAAAUCAACUCUGAAGAAGAGAUUUCAGUGUGUUUUUGAGGGACUAGCACAGCAAGGAAACCCUACACUUCUCAAUGACAUCUACACAGAGAUUUUCAUCACUGAAGGUGGAAGUGGAAAGGUCAAUAAUGACCAUGAGAUAAGACAGAUUGAGGCAGCAUCCAGGAGACCAGCAACACAAGAUACACCAAUCAAAUGUAAUGACAUCUUUAAACCCUUACCUGGACAAGACAGGCAUAUAAAAGCUGCGUUGACAAAGGGAGUCGCUGGCAUUGGAAAGACCAUUUCCGUGCAGAAGUUUAUUCUGGACUGGGCCGAAGGAAAAGCCAAUCAGGAUAUUCAGUUCAUAUUUCCACUUCCUUUUCGUGAGCUGAAUUUGAUGAGGACGAAGAGAUGCAGUUUGAUGGAACUUUUACAAUCUUUUUUCAUGGAAAUGAAAGAAUCCAAAAUGAUUAACUAUGAUGAGUGCAAAGUCCUGUUUGUAUUUGAUGGUCUGGAUGAGUGUCGACUCCCUCUUGACUUCCAGAAAAAUAAGACCUGUUUUGAUGUCUCAGAGUCAACCUCAGUUGAUGUGCUGCUGACAAACCUUAUUAAAGGGAAUCUGUUACCCUCUGCGCUUCUCUGGACAACCUCCCGACCUGCAGCAGCCAAUCAGAUCCCUCCUGAGUGUGUUGACCAGGUGACAGAGGUACGAGGGUUCAAUGACCCACAGAAGGAGGAGUACUUCAGGAAGAGAUUCAGUGAUGAGAACCUGGCCAGCAGAAUCAUCUCACACAUUAAAUCCUCAAAGAGUCUCUACAUCAUGUGCCACAUACCAGUUUUCUGUUGGGUUUCAGCCACUGUUCUAGAGAGAAUGUUGGGUGAAGCAGAGAGUGGAGAGAUCCCCAAGACUCUGACUCAAAUGUGCACACACUUCCUGAUCUUUCAGACCAAACAGAGUAGUAAAAAGUAUCUUGGAGAAGAUUACAUUGAUCACCACUGGAAUACAGUAAUGAUAAUGACACUGGGGAAACUGGCUUAUCAACAGCUGGAAAAAGGUAAUCUGAUCUUCUACGAGGAAGACCUAAGAGAAUGUGGCAUUGAUGUCACAGAAGCAUCCGUGUACUCAGGAGUGUGCACACAGAUCUUUAGAGAGGAGAAAGGGCUGUGCCAGGAGAAGUUAUUCUGCUUUGUACAUCUAAGCAUUCAGGAGUUUUUAGCUGCUCUGUAUGUGUUUCUCACAUUCAAAAACAGCAAUGUAAAUCUUCUCUCUCGAGGUGUAAAUAUUAAGACAAUGUCAGGAGAAACACCUGCAUUGUUUCUACACAAAAGUGCAGUGGACAAGGCCUUACAAAGUAUGAAUGGACACCUGGACCUGUUCCUCCGUUUCCUUCUGGGCCUAUCACUAGAGUCCAAUCAAACUCUCUUACAAGGCUUACUGUCACAGACAGAAAGCAAGUCCCAAAGCAGUGAGGAAACAGCCAAGUACAUAAAGAUGAAGAUCAAGAAGAAUCCCUCUCCAGAAAGGUGCAUCAACUUGUUCCACUGUCUGAAUGAACUGAAUGACAUUUCUCUAGUGGAGGAGAUCCAAAGCUAUCUGAGCUCAGGAAGUCUCUCAAAAGCUGAACUGUCACCUGCACAGUGGUCCGCUCUGGUCUUUGUUUUGCUGACUUCAGUGGAGAAGCAGGAUGUUUUCGAACUGAGAAAGUAUUUCAGAUCAGAGGAGGGUCUUCUUAGGCUGCUACCAGUGGUCAAAGCCACCAGAACAGCAAUCCUGAAAGAUUGUAACUUGACUGAAAGAUGCUGUAAGUCUUUAGCUUCAGCUCUCAGAUCGAACUCUUCUUCACUGAGAGAGCUGGACCUGAGUGACAAUAAACUGCAGGAUUCAGGAGUGAAGCUGCUCUCUGAUGGAUUGAAGAAUCCAGGUUGUAAAUUGAAGACACUGAGGCUGAAGAGCUGUGGUACCACAAAGGUUGGCUGUGCUUCUCUGGCUUCAGCUCUAAGGUCAAACUCCUCACACCUGAGAGAGCUGGAUCUGAGCAGGAAUAUCCUUGGAGACUCUGGGCUAAAGCUGCUCUCUGCUGUACUGGAGGAUCCACACUGUAAACUGGACAUACUGAGCCUUUCUGGUUGUGGAGUCACAGAGGAGGGUUGUACUUCUCUGGCUUCAGCUCUGAGGUCAAACCCCUCACACCUGAGAGAACUCGACCUGAACAACAACCAACCAGGAGACUCAGGAGUGAAGCUGCUCUCUGCUGUCCUGGAAAAUCCACAGUGUAAAUUGCAAAAACUGAAGCUGUAUAACUCUAAAACCACAGAGGAAGGAUGUUAUUAUCUGGCUUCAGCUCUGAUGACAAACCCCUCACACCUGAGAGAGCUUGACCUAGGUGGAAAUAAGUUAAGAGACUCAGGAAUUAACCAUCUCUCUGCUGCACUGAAGGAACCACAAUGUCAACUGGAAACACUGAGGAUGGUAGGCUGUGGAGUCACAGAGGAGAGCUGUGCUUCUCUGGCUUCAGCUCUGAGGUCAAACCCCUCACAUCUGAGAGAGCUGGACCUGACCAACAACCAACCAGGAGACUCAGGUGUGAAGAUGCUCUCUGCUGUCCUGGAGGGUCCACUCUGUAAACUGGAAAGACUUUCGCUGAAAUGCUGUAACCUCACUGAGAAAUGCUGUGGGUCUCUGGCCUCAGCUCUCAGCUCAAACUCCUCUAGUCUGAGAGAGCUGCACCUGAGUCACAAUAACCUACAGGAUUCAGGAGUGAAGCUGCUCUCUGCUGGACUGGGGAAUACACACUGUAAAGUGGAAAAACUGGGGCUGUUAUGUUGUUGGGUCACAUGGGAAGGCUGUGCCUCUUUGGCUUCAGCUCUGAGGUCAAACCCCUCACACCUGAGAGAGCUAGAUAUACAAAUGAAUAAACCAGGAGACUCAGGGGAGAAGAUGCUCUCUGAUGUCUUGGAGGAUCCACUCUGUAAACUGGAGAAACUUACUGUAUAAUGUACUCUGUACAACGUUUUUGUCUGAUAAAACUAUUAUGGUACAUUUCCACCUUUUAAUGCAUUUCAAGAAGAGUUUUCUGUGAAGAAACCUUUUCUGUCUGCAGACAUUUUCACUCCAUGUAUCAGGAAAUGUCACACAUAAACAUUGUUAUAUCAAGAAACAAGGAUGUUUGUUGCAUCCUUGUGAAUGCUGGGUUGUUAGCUAAUAAUUCAGAGACAGCGGGAAGAUAUAGUUUAAAAAAUAUACACUACCAUUCAAAAGUUUGGGGUCACUUAGAAAUGUCCUAACUGGAAUAGAAAGAGUGGGAGGCCCCGGUGCACAACUGAGCAAGAGGUCAAGUACAUUAGUGUCUAGUUUAAGAAAUAGACACCUCACAAGUCCUCAACUGGCAGCUUCACUAAAUAGUACCCGCAAAACACCAGUCUCAACGUCAACAGUGAAGAGGCAACUCCGGGAUGCUGGCCUUCUAGGCAGAGUUCCUCUGUCCAGUGUCUGUUCGUUUGCCCAUCUUAAUAUUUUAUUUUAAUUGGCCAGUCUGAAACAUGGCUUUUUCUUUGUAACUCUGGUUUUGUUGGUUGCUUUUCCUUCACUCUGCAGUCCAACUCAUCCCAAAACAUCUCAAUUGGGUUGAGGUUGGGUGAUUGUGGCGAACAGGUCAUCUGAUGCAGCACUCCAUCGCUCUCCUUGGUCAAAUAGCCCUUACACCGCCUGGAGGUGAGUUUUGGGGUCAUUGUCCUGUUAAAAACAAAUGAUAGUCCCUCUAAGCUCAAACCAGAUGGGAUGGCAUAUAGCUGGAGAAUGCUGUGGUAUCCAUGCUGGUUAAGUAUACCUUGAAUUCUUAAUAAAUCAACCAACACUGUCACCAGCAAAGCACCCGCACACCAUCACACCUCCUAAUCCAUGCUUCACGGUGGGAACCACACAUGCGGAGAUUAUCCGUUCAGCUACUCUGCAUCACAAAGACAGUGGUUGGAACCAAAAAUCUCAAAUUUGGAUUCAUCAGACCAAAGGACAGAUUUCCACCAGUCUAAUGUUGUUACGCCAUGACCUUAGAGAUCCUUUUUAUGUCUGUUUGGUCAGGGUGUGACUUGGGGUGGGUAUUCUAUGUUCUAUUAUUUGUAUUUCUAUGUUUUGGCCAGGUAGGGUUCUCAAUCAGGGACAGCUGUCUAUCGUUGUCUCUGAGAACCAUACUUAGCCCUUUUCCCACCUGUCUUUGUGGGAAGUUGACUUUUGUUUAUGGCACAUAGCCUGUAGCUUCACGGUUGGUGGCUUCAUUUGUUAUAAUAAAAGAAAACGUACGUACACCACGCUACACCGUGGUCCACUUCCUUCAA